GCUGCAGCUGGGCAAGCGCCGGGAGUCCCUGCGCACCGCGAAAGCGGCCAAGGAGGCUCUCGGAGCCAAGAGAAACGACAGCCUCCUGGCUCGGGCACUCCGCGACGAGGGCGCGGCGUUGGCGGUCUUGGAGGACUACGACGAGGCCAUCAGCC